AGCAGACAAAGUGGGGACAAAGCCAUGGUGGGACAACAGGAUGAGGUCAGUAAGAACCAGAUCUUACGUGAAAUGUACCUCAAGGAGCUUCGAACCCAGAAACUGUACACACAGUAUCAUGUGAAUCCCCUUCGCAAAGUUCACACAAUUACUAAAAAGCCCAUGUCUUGGCAUGAUGCCCAGGAGGAAGCUACAGAUGAUAUGUUUCUCGAGGCCAUUCAUGCUGCCCAACAAACAAGGAAGAAAUAUGAGGAGACGCAGACUGAAAGUCAAGAAAUUGGGUGGCAUCCCAAACCUUUGAUAAAUCCAAAUCGAGAUGAUAGAAGACUGAACCAUUUCCGGGUGUUUCAGGAUAUCACUCUCUACAAGGCUAAAAUGUGGAGUUUGGGAGAAACUGAUGUUCGCAGUAGAUCAAAAUAGAGUUGCAUCAUUGGUAUCCACCAUUGUGGUAAACAAUCAUUGUGCACAACCCAUAAAAAUAAAAGCAUUUUAU